CAAAAAAGAAUGCAUUCAUUCGUAAAAAUCUACCUAUCGUGGGUUGAUUUUUUUAUUCCUUUUUCAAUACUUUUUGAGGACCUAGUGAGCCACUUGAGAUUUAGGUUGUUUUAACUUAGUCGCAUACAUUUUAAAUCUUUUUGAAGACCCAGUGAGCCAGUUGGAACAAAUUCGGCAUUUAAGACGAAAAAAGGAUGACGGAUUCACAACCCUCGGCCAUCAGUGGGGACAGCAUCGCUCAAAGCUUUUCAGCCGGUAGACUUGGCGGUGACGGUGAAGAGUAUCAACGACUUUUUGCGCUUAUGCUGAUUCAGCGAGCUUCGCGAAAACAUAUACCGUUCGAAUUAGCCUUUGAGCAUAAAGAUCUUAUCAAAUUUGAGGACGUUGUUCUGCACCUGGAGGAACCUGGGCAGUGGUGGUUAUUUCAAAACAAGCACAAAAAACGGAAAAAUCAGAGUGAUCGAACCAAAAAAUCCCUAUUAUCAUUAUCGGCUGAUAAUGAGUUUGCACUUUUUCAAUAUAUAGAAGGUUAUCAAAAAGUGGUGAAAAAUUGGAAACAUGGAAAACAUAAAAAAUGGUUUUGUCUGUUCACAAAUAUUGGAUUCAGGGAAGAGGCUGGCCUACAAGAAGAAUUUACUUUUGAAGGGGAAGUUAAGAAGGUUAUAAUAUUCAAUUGCGGAAAAUUUAUUCAACUCAAAGGAUUAGAGAGUAAAAUGUUUGAUAAAAUUAAUGAAGAUUUUAACGAAUUAGUUGAUGCAAUACACACGAUGUUUAAAGAGGGAUUAAUUGAAAAUUCAGUUACCAACUGUAAAGCACUUUUGCUACCAGUCAUUAAUGCAACCGAAAGUGAGGUAACAUUUUCGAAAAACUUUCUUGAAAACCAACUAGAUGAGGAUUUGUUUGAUCACCUGGUGGAGAAGUUUGAUCAGGAUCUCGGUGCAGUUUCAUCCAAUUCAGAAGAAGUGUUAAAAUUUUGGAACGAACAAUGUGAGACCCCAGAGAAAAAGAGAAAAACAAAGAUACCAUCUUAUACAAGCAAGGAAAUCAUUCAAGAGUUUUUCAAAGAUUUUAUACUGGCAUAUUCCCAACCAGAUUUGGACGAACUAGAAAUGCUCAUGUCUGAAGAAAGUCGACUGUGGAUGCGCGAUUGGAUUCGGCCAGAUGAUUUUGGGAGGUUUUCAAAUGAUCAAAUUGGAAACUUUUUUCGUACUUUUAAGAAAGAAUUUAUAAAUUGGGAGAAGCCAGUUCAAAAUAAUAAAAGUUUUUUGAGGCUUUGCGAUGGUAACACUUAUUUGAAACAGGCAGAAAAAAUAUUACGUAAUGAGGUUGAAAAGUGUGCCAAUCGAUCUUGUGUUAGUUUCGAACAAAUAGAAGGAUAUUAUAUAAAUCGCCAGCUAAAAUGCCAACCCCAAUGUAUAAAAGAUGUUUUCAUGGUUGACCAACUUCCCAAAAAUGAAGAGCAAUUUUAUGCUGUCACGGCUGAACCUGGCAUGGGCAAAAGUACACUGAUGCAAUAUUUGGCAUAUAAUGUCCAAAGAAAGUAUUCUGAUGUUGCUGUAUUUUUACUUUAUUCAAGUAAUUUUCAUGGGACAAUUCCGAGCGUUGAACAAUUGGAAGAUAUUUCAAAUAAAAACGUUUUCAAAUCUUUUUUAUCCCCUGAAAACAUUCACCUUAUUGUAAAAGAUGAUAAAACUAAAAUCAAUUUGUUCAUCGAUGCUUUGGAUGAGUUGAGUGUUUCGAGCCAAUAUCAAAUUCUUAAGUUAAUCAAAGUUCUCUUAACCAAAAAAAAUCUUAAAAUUGUUGUUAGCUGUAGAAACCAUGUGCUGGAUAAGCUUACAAAUCAGUUAUGUGUGAAGCCUCUGGAAAUACAGGCAUUCACUGAAGACGAACAGAAACAAUUUUUCAUAAAAGUUUGGAAAGAUAUUUCAAAUGAUAAAGAUAAACUUGAAAAUUUUUCAAACAAACUUAUUCAGAAAAUAAAUAACGAUAUCGACUGCAAUACAAAUCAAUUUACUAGUCUACCGUUGACGAUUAAAAUGGUAACCGAGAUUUACUCAGCAUCAUAUAAAAAAUAUUGUAAAUUUAGAAAAUCCGUAGAAACUUUCUUCAAAAAAAAUGAAUUUAACGUUGUUGUCUUGUUUGAAAACAUUACUUCAAAAUGUAUAAAAAUAGCAAUUAAUAAAAAGUGUAAAGUGGACAACAAUGCUGAGCUUGACCCAUUUUUUGACAGCACACAUAAGGCCAUCGAUAACGAUUACCAAAUAUUUGCAGCAAAAUAUUUAUUUGCAAACGAUAUAGAGUUGAUUCCUUUCAUAACCAAUAAAUUGUUUGGGUCGGUUGAAGGAAGCAUAAAAGAACAACAAUCACUUUUAGUUGAAAUACAGUCAGGUUCUCCUGAGUUCACUCACAAAUCAUAUCGAGAAUAUUUCGCAGCAAAAUUUUUGUUCGAGUAUGUAGGAAAAAAACCAAUAAUUUAUUGCAUUUCUGAAAUUUUGGAAGUUUUAAUUAAGCAUAAAAUUAUGCGAAACUUUUUUUUCGGUUUGAUGUAUUGUAUAACAAAAAACGACAUGAACCGACUCAUGUUUUUGUCAAAUUUACAUCAAGUUGUUUUAUUGUGGUCAUGCGAUGACGAUAACGUUUUCCAAGACCAAUCACUUUUGAAUCAAGCCAAGGUUUCUAGUAUUCAGAAAAUAUGUGAUUACUUGGUCUCUAAAAUCACGUGCAAAUCAGAUGCAGAUGAAUCAAUCGCUAAAACCUCUGAUACAAGAAAACCUCUGAAACUAUCGUUUCGAAUAAUAAUCAGCAAAGCAAAGCAAAACAGUUUAAAAAAGAAAGAAUUUUGGAGAAAAUAUAAGGAAAUGAUUCAUCUUCCAAAAAGUCCUAAAAACGAAAUAUCUGAAUUCUGGAAUGAUGUUUGUCAGUUGACAGAUAGUCAAAUAAAAUAUUAUAAAUUGAAAAAAAAACUUGGAUCAAAUUCUCAUUUAAUAAAUCAUCAAAACAGUGAAAGCCAAAGUCCACUACACAUAGCUGUUUUGAGUUCGUCGAUCAAUGUUGUAAAGUUUCUGGUUAAAACAGACAUAAAUUUAAACUUGACCGAUAAAGAUGGCAACACUGCACUGCAUUUGGCUGUUAAACAAGUAAACACUGAAAUCGUUAAACUGCUGGUUUCAAGUGAGGCAAAUGUUCACGCAACUAAUAAAGCGAAAAAAACUCCAUUGGAUUUGAUAUCUUUUGAAAAUUCUCCUGAUAUCUUAUUAUGUUUAUUAGAAAAACAUUUCAUGUUCAAAUGUGACAUUGUUUUCAAGAAUUCUUUAUUUUUUUAUGCUGCAUUUUUCGGGUGUCUGAGAUCCGUAAAUAUUCUCGUUGAAAGUAGUGUUAAUGUUAAUAGUGAAGACAGUGAAAAAAAUACAGCUUUACACUUUUCUGCUCGAGAAGGGCAUAAACAAAUUGUAGAAUACUUGAUAAAUAAAGGAGCUGAAAGCAAUGUACAAAAUAGUAAUGGAAAAUCACCACUAAUGUUGGCACUGGAACAAGGUCAUCAUGCCAUUGUUUCCAUCUUAAAAGAACAUUCAGCAAAACCCGAUUUACGACUCUUACAAACAAUGUUAAGAGAAUCUGUUAUGAAAAACCAGGAAAACGUGUUGAAGUCAUUGAUUGAAGUUGGUGCUGAAGUAAAUUUCCAGGAUGAAAAAACAGGAAAAACUCUUUUUCAUCUUCAUUUGGUACAGAAUGAUACUUUUCCAAAACCAAACAUUAUUAAGUUGUUGAUAGAAGCUGGCGCGAUUGUUGAAAAAUUUGAUAAUGAAGGCAAUUCCCCUUUACAUCAUGCUUCGAAAUUUGAAGCUAUUUUUCCACUUUUAAUUAAUCACUGUUGUAAAAUAAAUCGAUGUAACUCCAAUAAAGAAACACCACUUCAUUUGGCACUAGAAGCCAAAAAAUCAUUCGCGGCACGAUUGUUGUUAUUUAAGCAAGCUUGUAUUCAUCUCACUGACAAAAAUGGCAACACUGCCUUACACGUUGCAUUAAAAAAUAAUCUUCAAGACGUUGCAAAUAUUUUAAUAAAUCUCGACUCAAACGUUAACAGUCAAAAUUCGAAAGGAGAAACUCCACUUCAUCUGGCAGCAAUAAGCGGUAAUUUAGCGGUCGCGAGAAGAUUAAUAGAAAAUGAAGCAUAUGUGACUGCAAAAACCAAAGAGGGAAAAACUGUUCUAGAUUAUGUGGAGAAAGGCAAAAUGAGUGCAAAAGUUCGGAGGUUACUCUUCGAACUUAUCGAAACAAAAAUGUCAACAAAAAUUAUUACCAUGCACGAAUUGUAAUGCCCAAAGCAUUUAUUUAUAAUUUUUUGCGAAAAAAAAGAGAUAAGGAAGCACGUUCUGUCGAUUUUUAAAGAAUUCCAAUCUAACCAGAUUUGAAUUAGCUAUCCCAGAAUUAUGUUUAUUAUUCUUGUAAAUUAAAGUUGAUAUAAAACGUUAUAGUAAAAUGAAUAAUAAUUACAAUAAAUAUAAA